UCCGGUGUCUUCUGGGACACAAGACAGGUCCCAAAAGACGCCGGGCCAUUCACAAAGUGCAGUGCUUCUCACGCAUGCGCACUCUGCAGUGUCUGGUCAUGCCCUGUACUGUCUGCAGUCUCUGGUCAUCCCCUGUACUGUCUGCAGUUUCUGGUCAUCCCCUGUACUGUCUGCAGUUUCUGGUUAUCUCCUGUACUGUCCGCAGUCUCUGGUCAUCCCCUAUACUGUCCACAGUCUCUGGUCAUUCCCUAUACUGUCAGCAGUCUCUGGUCAUCUCCUGUACUAUGUCCGCAGUCUCUGGUCAUCCCCUAUACUGUCCGCAGUCUCUGGUCAUCCCCUGUACUAUGUCCGCAGUCUCUGGUCAUCCC